AUGAACUCCACUUCACCACAAUUUCUUGUGAGAGACACAUUCACAACAGCCUUUGUGAAAAACUUAAUUGUGGUGCUCCUGUUGGUCAUCCUCAACUACAUCAAUGGCAGCCUGGUGGCCACCUUCCUGAGGAACCAGGUGUUCUACGAGGACCCGCGCUAUAUCCUGUUCAUCCACAUGGUCAUCAACGACGCCGUCCAGCUCACGGUCACCAUCACCCUGUUUGUUUUGAGCUACAUAUUCUACACCAUUAACGUCUCCUUCUGCUGCUUCUUCAUCCUGGUGGCUGUAUUCACCACCCGCAACACGCCCGUCAACCUGGCCGGCAUGGCCAUCGAGCGCUACAUCGCCAUCUGCGACCCUCUGCGCCACGCACAGAUCUGCACUGUCCACCGCACCUACGUCCUCAUCGGCCUCAUCUGGCUGGUCUGCGUGGUCCCCGCCAUCACCGACCUCUUCGUCACCCUGGCGACCGAGCCCGUGAGCUUCUUCCACGCCGCCGUGUUCUGUAUCCGGCCCAACAUCUUCAAGGACCCCGUGCUGCUGUACAAGCGGCAGGCCUUCGACGCACUCUACUUUUCGCUGGUCUUCUUCACACUUGUCUACACUUACCUGCGCAUUCUAUUUGCGGCACGGGCGAUGUCCUCCGACAUCAGGUCUGCACAGCGUGCCCGCAACACCAUCCUUCUGCACGGGGCCCAGCUGCUCAUGUGCAUGCUCUCCUACAUCUCACCCAGUGUGGACCUGCUCAUGACCAGGGUCUUCCCCAGCAAGAUCCUGGAGAUCCGCUACGCCAACUACCUGAUCGUCUACAUUUUCCCACGCUUUCUGAGCCCCAUCAUAUAUGGGGUCAGAGACAAAAAGUUCCGGAAGUAUUUGAAAAGGUACUUUGUGUGCAAGCAGUGCAGUUCAGAAGUUCAGCAUGAGGGAGAGGAAGACAAAAUGGCAUAG